AUGUCCCGAGCUAUGAUGGUUAAAUUCAUGCCACCACUUCUUCAAAUAGGCUCAAGGACGUCGAUGCGCAAUCUCUGGCCACCAAGCAAGCAGAACCCCUUGAAAAUUCAGAUCGCAUCUCUUGUCCGCAUUGCCGACAUGCAAGCCACUGAACCAAACAAGUCAUUUAUUUCGCGGACAUUGCAUCAGCGCCCAACAGCCCACCAAACUGGAAAAGAGACAUACAACUUCCAUGUCUUAUUUGCCGAAGACGAUGAUGCUGCAGACGUGUGCUGGAGGUUUCAGAUUGAAAAAGGAGAGGACCUGUUGGAUAGACUGUUGGCAUAUGCCAUAGGUUUUGGAAAGCACGGCUCUGGGGAUAGGAUUAUGAUGAAUGGAGUGGUGGUGGAGGAGGAGGAGGAGGAGGAGGAGGAUGAAGAUGAAGACGAGGAUAACGAUGUGGACAUGAACAUGGAGGAGGUUGAAUAG